AUGAACGUGCAAAAUACCGAGAGCUCACGAUCGGUACUGAUUCUGUAUGGCACCGAGACUGGCAAUGCGCAGGAAGCGGCAGAGGAGUUGGGUGCUAUGACUGAGCGGCUCCGGUUCGCGACGCAUAUAUCAGAGAUGAACCAAGCUAGGCCUGAAGCACUCUCAUCCUAUACUUUCACCAUCCUUGUAGUCUCAACAACUGGACAAGGCGAUUUACCAGCCAAUGCGAGAGCGUUCUGGAAGUCACUCCUGCUAAAGAAGCUCCCACCAACCUUUCUGAAAGGCGUCGACUUUGCGGUAUUUGGUUUAGGAGAUACUUCGUAUCCCAAGUUUAAUUGGGCAGCUCGGAAGCUCUAUAAGCGGCUCCUCCAACUAGGAGCAAACGACAUUUACCCGACUGGAGAAGCAGACCAGCAACACCCUGAAGGCCUCGAGGCCACGUUCCUGCCAUGGAUGACAGGCUUUAAGAAACAUUUGAUGGAAAGGCAUCCUUUGCCUUCCGGCCAACAUCCCAUCCCCGAUGAAGAGCAAUUGCGUCCCAAAUGGAUCCUACAGGCCAAGGCAGACUUUGAGUCUUUCCAGACUGCAGAUCCCCAAGGUCCAGCAAGCAUGCCUCAAUCAACUAGCUCAUUUGUGGACCAUGAUCUUCGUCCCCUUCCUGGAACGAUGACCGCAACAUUGUCUGAAAACCAGCGAAUGACACCACGAAAGCAUUGGCAAGAUGUCCGCCGUAUAUGCUUGACUGUGCCGGAAUUAGUCGAAUACGCACCGGGUGACAUGAUCGCCAUCACACCCAAAACUUCACCCGCAGAUGUUCAAACUUUCAUCGACUUGAUGGAAUGGAACCAGCAAGCCGAUCAAGCUGUCACCCUUGUCCCGACAGAUACUGCUCUAGGCCCGUCGCCUAUACCGGGCUUGGAGGCUUACCCAAAUCUCACGCUUCGUUCGCUUCUCGAAGACUACCUUGACAUCAAAGCAAUCCCCAGACGGUCCUUCUUCUCCUCGAUCGCGCAUUACACGGACGAUAGCAUGCAAAAGGAGAGACUACUCGAGUUCACUAAUCCGGAGUAUAUUGAUGAAUUAUGGGACUACACGAGCCGGCCUCGGCGCAGCAUUCUCGAAGUUCUCCACGAGUUUGAUUCAGUCAAGAUUCCGUGGCAGCAUGCAGUGUCUGUGCUUCCCAUCAUUCGAGCCAGACAAUUCAGUAUCGCGAGCGGCGGGGAUCGUAAGAGAACGGAGGAUGGCAAGACGCAGUUUGAACUUCUGGUUGCAAUCGUGAAGUAUCAGACUGUUAUCAAACGAAUCCGGGAGGGCGUCUGCACCAGGUACCUCUCAGGUCUGCAGCCUGGGAGUACUCUCCGCGUUCAACUGCAGCCCGGAGGUCUCAAUUCAUCUGUACGGCAGCUUACUGCUGCGACAGUUCUCAUCGGGCCCGGCACUGGUAUUGCUCCUCUUCGUUCUUUGCUCUGGGAAAAGGCAGCUUUGGUUCAAGCCUUCCGGGAGCAAAACCCGGAUGCUAGACCUCCAGUCGGCCCUACCGUUCUUCUCUAUGGAGGGCGUAAUCGCACUGCAGACUUUUUCUUCGAAGACGAGUGGGAACAACUAAGCAAAGUAAUUCCUUUGCAGGUGCUCACUGCCUUCUCGCGAGACCAGCAACAAAAGUGCUAUGUCCAGGAUACCAUUCGACGUCAUUUUUCAUUGUUCUUCCGCAUGUUGCACGAUUUAAACGGUUCAGUUUAUAUCUGUGGCUCAUCUGGACGCAUGCCGCAAGCUGUGCGAGAGGCACUUAUCGAGGCAUUCUCAGAGGGCGGUACGCCGGAGCAAGGCCAAGCAUAUACUCGAGCACAAGCUGAAGAGUACUUGAUCGGAAUGGAGAAAAGUGGGCGUUACAAACAGGAAACGUGGUAA